GACCAAUCGUUAGGUCAGAGAAGCAUGGCCUUACAAGACGUCCAUACGUUAGUUUCGAUCGCGUAGACUGCAAAUAUUGUAGACAGCGUGCUCAUGCAGAUGCCCCGCUUCUUAGCUUACCGCAGUUUACGACGAUGAUUAUUGCCCGCUAAUAUAACAUUAAUUAUCGGCCGUGCUAUCUGGACUAGAUUUAGACGAGACUUGCUAGAACACCUUCGGCCUUGCCAUGCCCUGUCCUCUCGCUUCACCACAACAACGGUUGUCGCUUCAUAGAUGCCGAAGAGAGCCAGGAAGAUGUAGCUUACUACACUCGCGUGGCCCUUCCUGCCGUCGCUUGCCUGCGGUGGUGCGCUGUGCGUCGCAACGACCACCCCAAGUUGACGAGCCCGUUCAGCAGCAAACCAGCAGCUCCACAAACAGCCGGCAAAAAGAGCAGGAACAAGAACUUCAGUUUAUUAGCACAACACUUCGGCGGACGGAAGCGCGGUAUGAGGCCUUGGCGGCAUGGGUGGGCGCAGCGGUGGCCUUUGGAGCUGGCAUUUGGUAUGUUCAAGGCGCCGAGAAAGCUCAGGAGUACUUCGCAGGAUACCUACUGGAGCAGUCGCUGUCAGUGGACAACCUAUUCGUCUUUGUGCUCGUCUUCGGCUUUCUGAAAACACCGCCCGAGGCGCAGGCAAAGGUGCUGACUUGGGGCAUCGCAACGGCAGCUGUGCUAAGAGCGGUACUUAUCCUGCUCGGUGUGGAGCUGGUGCGGGAGUUCCAGCCGCUCCUGCUUUUGUUCGCUGGCAUUCUGCUAUUCUCAUCCUUUAAAUUGCUCACCGCUGGCGACGACGACGAUGACAAUGACGACCUCUCGGAUAACUUCAUCUAUAAGUUUUGCGCGCGGUUUAUAAAAGUCACGGACAAGUAUGACGGCAAUAACUUCUUCACCGUACGCGACGGUGUGCGCAUGGCGACACCCCUGCUGCUCACGCUGGCUGUCGUCGAGCUUAGCGACGUUGUCUUUGCAGUUGACUCCAUACCGGCGGUGUUCGGCGUCACGCUUGACCCCUUCAUCGUUUACACAUCCAACAUCUUCGCCAUCCUCAGCCUCCGAGCGCUCUACAGCUUCGUGGCAACAGCCAUGGGCGAGCUCAGGUUCCUAGACAAAGCCGUCGCUGUUGUCCUGGGCUUCAUUGGCGCGAAAAUGGUGCUCGGGUUUGCUGAUGUGGAAAUUCCCACGGAUGUCUCGUUGCUGGUCGUCGGGCUGGUGUUGGGAGGGGGUGUUGCAGCGAGUUUGGCGUUGCCAGAAAGCAAGGAGGAUUGAGUGCAAGACAAGGAGCGUUUGCAGGAGGAAGGCAGCAUGACACCUGCGCCUAUGCGCACUGGCAGGAAGGCAGUUGGGGACUGUUGGGUGUAGGAUGCGCUGUCGGAGAGAGGCGAGUGUGUUGAUGUUUGGGCAGUUGUGCAUGCCGUUGGAACCGCUGUCGUUGUGACUCACAGCUCAGUGGGUUGAGUAGUGACUUGCUGUUGGUUGAUGCGUUGGUUUCGGUUACGGUGUUUGAGGCGGUUGUGGUGGUUGCGGUCGCAGUGGAGCCAUGCCUCUCCUUCACUUGCCUUACCCCGGACCUUAUUGUUACAUCGUUUCGUGUAGCAGCAAUGGAUGCCGGCCGCACAUGGACGUGGCAGCAGCGAUGGGGGCGAUGGGGCCAUGACUCUCAAGGAAAGGGAAGCGAAACCGAUGGGAGGCGAAACCAGAGUUGACCUCAUGCCUACGGUUACGUGGCGACCGUUGUGGAACGCAGGCUUGGCUAUACCGGUAGGUGUACGGCAAGUACGUGGCCAAACCUAUCCAACGGACAUUGCCCUGCCCGCCGUGCGUAUAUGCUUCGUCCAAGGUUACUGUGCGACGGGUGGCCUAAACGUGCUUUGAGUGUUGGGACAGGAGUACAGCUGGAGAUAGUUGGGCUGCCGCAACGAACGAAGGAGUGUGAGAUUGGCGGUGGGCGAGUGUGCGGGGUUUUGUUAACCCGGGGAGUUGCAGGCUCCUUCGGCCCGCGGGUGCUUCAAGAAGAGGGGGCGUGUAUGGCAUGGGGCUUGUAAGGCCUUUUAAGCUGUGUUUCCUUUGGUUCCAUGGUGGCUUGCAGGCGCAACUGUACGGUAGGGAGAUGGCGUGUGCACCUCACGAUCAUCAAUUUUGUAUGUACUGCCCUGAGGACCUUGACACAUGAGUGUCUUGUCACAUACCGAGACGCGUGUUCUCAGCCAUUGCUUGCGACUUUGGUGGCUGUUAUGUAAGAGGGGUAGCAGCAGACGGAGAAUUGAGCGCUGAGUGUGACAGUUAGGAAGGGAAAUGGGAACCGUGUUUCAGGACUGGGUCGAGAUUCCAGAGCGUCUGGGCGGUUUACAUGCGAUUGCGCAACCUUGAUGGGUUUGAGCGCUGUUCCGUCGCAUCCUGGUAGGUUAUCUGGGGCGCGCUUCAAACGACAAGCAACGUGCAUGAGCUGUACUUGAGCCUUCACGAAGCCAUGAUCCCCGCAAAGCUGGUAUUGCUGUUGACGUCACCGGGCGCUUUUGAUGCGACGUCUUCCUUGUGAUUGCCCUGCUAUGUUAUCACAUAUGGCAGGUACACGUUGAGGCGUAAAGGUGAACUGAGAGCACGUAACAGGCAUGUCCUUAGUUGCGGUUGGUGCUGAGUGAAAGGGCCUGCAUCUCGUGUAAGGAGCGCUGACGCUGGAAAGACAUGACGGGCAUACAGCCGGGCGGCCGUGAGGAGGACUCUCAUGCCUAGCCAUGCGCGUGUUUUCACAGUGGCACAGGAAUCCAGC